AAUAACUACAAAGAAGGAAGCUUCUGGGAUGCUGCUCGAUAGCCGAAAUUCCCAGCUCACACAAUUUUGCUUUUCUUGUCAUGCCUUUGUGCUUAAGGCUCCAUAGUCCAUACCAUACCAUUAUUUCUCUAAAGCAUAUAAAACGUGUAACAGCAGAAAAAACAAACCACAAAAACCUCUCAACAAAAUCUCGAAAAACAAAAAAUUUGUGUUGAUCAUCAGGAUCAAAAAUGGUGAAAGACAGGAAGAUCGGAGUGGCUAUGGAUUUCUCCACUAGUAGCAAGAUGGCACUCGACUGGGCCAUUCAUAAUUUAGCUGACAAAGGUGACACUUUGUUUGUCAUUCAUAUCUUGUCCAACUCUCAUGCAGAGUCUCGUAAUAAACUCUGGGCGGAAUCCGGGUCUCCUCUGAUACCACUUGUUGAGUUUCGGGAAAUCGAGGUUUUGAAGAAGUAUGAUGUGAAGGUGGAUAUGGAAGUUCUCGACACUCUGGACACUGCUGCUAGGCAGAAAGAGAUUAAAAUUAUCUCGAAAUUGUACUGGGGCGAUGCACGGGAGAAACUGUGCGAGGCUGUUGAAGAUCUGAAGCUGGACUCUCUGGUGAUGGGCAGCAGGGGAUUGAGUGGCAUCAAAAGGAUCAUUCUGGGGAGUGUUACGAACUAUGUGAUGACACAUGCUGCUUGCCCUGUUACAAUUGUGAAGCAAUUUGAUGCCGUCAAGCACUGAUGAAAAAUACCUACAUUUUUACCUUUGCAUCGACUUUAAGAAUCGGAAUUUACAGCUUAUAAGAUCAUCCUGGCGUGACAUGUAAUCAUGUAUUACACAUUUUUAUCGUUACAUCAACAUUAAUAAUCGGAGUUUACAGCUUAUGGGAUCAUCUUGGUGUGUCAUGUAAUUAUGUAUUAUGUGUUUCUUAUGUGAUGAUGACUAUAAUUGGAGUUUGCCGUUUAUAAGAUCAUCUUGGAGUA